AAGAUGAACGUCGGGGUGGCCCACAGUGAGGUGAACCCCAACACCAGGGUGAUGAACAGCCGCGGGAUGUGGCUGACCUAUGCGCUGGGAGUGGGUUUGCUCCAUAUCGUCCUCCUCAGCAUCCCGUUCUUCAGCGUUCCCGUCGCAUGGACCUUAACCAACAUCAUUCACAACUUGGGCAUGUAUGUCUUCUUGCAUGCAGUAAAAGGAACCCCUUUUGAAACACCGGACCAAGGGAAGGCUCGGCUGCUGACACACUGGGAGCAGCUGGACUACGGCGUGCAGUUUACGUCCUCCCGAAAAUUCUUCACAAUCUCUCCAAUAAUUUUGUAUUUCCUGGCAAGCUUCUACACCAAGUACGACCCAACGCACUUCAUCCUGAACACGGCUUCGCUCUUGAGCGUGCUUAUCCCAAAGCUACCCCAGUUGCAUGGAGUCCGAAUUUUUGGAAUCAACAAAUAUUAAGCGAGGGAGAAGCCACGGGAGCAAAUCUGACCCAGA